CUUAAGCGAUGUUUACUCUGGAAAUCAAUUUGAAUUAACCAUUGUGAUCAUUCAAGUACAGAAUAUAUAUCUAUUAUGGGACUGUACACAAUUAAAAGACGUCAUUUUGUUGCAUUUUAACAUUCAACAAAUAAAGCUAACACACUUUGCAAAUGGAUUCCGAAUUGACAAUAAAAAGCACAGCGGCGGCGAGGUCUUCCGACUGUUACACCCUUAUUGUCUGCCAUUCGUUCAAAACAGAUAUAUUUUAUUGAACUGAAAAAUUUUAACACCUCUUGUUUGCCCUGAUAAAGGGAAAUGAUGGCCCUCGAAGACUGCUUCUGUGUUGAAAGAUUGUCAUAAAGCGGACAGAUAUAACGUUGUUAACGGGUUACUGUGGGGGUUUCCGCGACCAUUCAAUGCAGGCGUAGUUGGCUACAAUACUGUCUCCCCGAUCAGGAGAGCGGUCAAUAUUGUUCACUUCAACUUUACCAUCCAAUUUGUGGAAUGCGCCCGUUCAUUUAAUCCGCUGAUCUACCCCCAGUCUUUGUGGAAAUCCUAUGUGUAUCUGUCGGUUAAAAGAACAUUUUAUCUACACCGUGUCUGAGUUACUGGAGUUUUAAAAUCUGUCCUCACGACCGACUGUUGUUCCUGUAGCCCAGGAUGGCACGGACAAAGCUUGGAGAACUGAUUUUGGUAAAAGUUUGUCAAGAUGAGAGAGUCCCCGUACAUAGAGAGGAAAGAAAAUAGUUCCAACUACUCAACAUCGGAGAGCUAUUCAAAAGAAAGGACAAGUUCAAUUAAAAGUGAGUGUGGAAAAACAAAGAUUUUCAAAGUGAGAGAAGACGUGUAUUUGGUGCAAAAUAACCUAGUGGAUAAAAACCUUCUCAGGAAUAGCAUUGCCAGUAAAUUAAGGCAGGGCAUCCCAGGAGAACUGUGUAAUCGGACAGAGGUCGUGAAUAAACUUAAGAGAGAGAAUCUUAAGGAGUACCUUCGGCUUUCUAGUCUGAAUAAGAAAUUCAAUUCCGAAAUGCAAAUGGAGAAAAGCCGUAUCAGCAGCGAGGGCCAUCAGCUAAUCAAACGCCAUGAGCAGAUGAGGAGAAACAGUGAUACUGUCAGACGGAAUCAGGAGAAGAUGAAAGUCUUCUUUGAUAAUCGCAAAAAUUCCUCCUCAACACUGCCUCAGAUUUCUAACCGCGCCACUACACCAGUUGCUAAGCGCGUGGUUAUGGAUCACACCAAUGGUGAGAGCGCGUUCGUUAAAAGAUUGGACCGUCCAUCAACUUAUCCCCGCGUUCCCAUCGACAAAGAUGACUCCACUUAUGUCAAAGUUUAUAAGCAAAAAGGAAUUUUCCUACCUCAGAAUAAGUAUCCUGACAAGCAUUCCAUCGCCAAACCUGAAACAAGCAUCUUGAAGAAAGGCCAAACACCGAUGACCCCUGAUUAUGAAGACUUGACCCUUGGUAUGAAUGACCUCGACACGUAUAGCAACCAGUCCUCGUCACCUCUUCCAUCGCCGAAAGAAACUUCUAAACGAAAAUCUGCAAGACGAGUUACGUGGAGCGGAGUGGAUCGAGAGAAACCCGAGAAAACUGCCCCGAAAAGUGCUGCAUAUGUGCGGAAAACGCCCGAAAUGUAUUCACCAGUCCAAGAUGGAAGAAGUGAAAUAAACUCUACUCCAUGUAGUCAGAAAAGUUUCAAAAGUGAUUCUUCGUUGUACAAACAAAUCUCUUACCGUAAAGGACGCAGUAAGAUUGAAACCAUAGGAAUCCAGUGGAAGCUGCCCCCGGGGGCAAAAGUCGAUAACUCGAGAUCUCGUUCUGCGGGCCAUCUUUCGAAGAAUCUGAACCCUUGUUCCACUGGAUUAGAAAAAGAAGGAAUGUCCAUUACUAGAACAAAGUGGCACGUUCCACGAAUCCAGUCCCUAGAGACAUACGACCUAUACAAGGUAUGGCUAGAAAAACUAGAGAAACUGAAAACCGGGGAAAACAACCGCAUCCCGAUGGGACCGCGGAUCCAUUCCUCUAACCGUAGCAUCAGUCUGACAGUUCCUACCAUGUCAGAAAUCCCCAAUCCUUCUUUGAUUACUGGAUCCAAUAUGUGAUACUUCACUGUUUUGUUCGGGGUUGGAAAUAAGAGACGAAUUAGUGCUUUUGCGAGUUGCUGCGCCAUCAUUACGGAUAAUUAUGGUCUCAUCAUGUUUUGUUUUCUAGUGCCAUACAUUCUUUUAAAGUGAAUAUGUGGUUGUUAAAUGAACUCGUAAACAAUCUGAGGGAAUUUUUUCUGACAAUUUAUUGUAAAUCUAAAUGCAUAUUUAUCAAAUAAAAUGAAAAAAAAUGAUUUUUG